UUAAAAAUUAAGGUUUUCUAGUUUGUCAAACGAUAAAUGUCAGUAUCGGAAAAGGAGAAAAAUUUUCAGAGCGAAGAAAUUAUUUAAUCUAAUUAUGCUUCUACUGAAUUAAAGGAAAACAGAAUCGAAAAAAAAAAGAAGCUGUUUCAAUAAAAGAAAAGAGAGAAGAAAGGGGAGAAGAAGAUGUUGUGGAGGAGAUGAUCAGAGAAGACUGAAUGGCACCAUUUUUAAUGGAGGAUAAUGUCAGCAAGCACUUUGACAAAAGUUAGAGAAAGAAAGAAAGAUGAUAGAGAAAAAGGGAGGAGAGGAGAGGAGAGAGAAAACAUAAACCAAACAAUUUCCUGCCAAUCCAAUCGAUGGGAACACUAAAAAAUCCUUCCAUUGACCUCGCGAUGUCACCUGCUUCAAGAAAUAGCCAUCGGUUUCCUUCAAAAUAUAGUAGAGAGUAAGAUCGAGAACUGUGGAUGUGUAAUAAGUUCCUAAUGAAGUAGAACUCCCAAUAUUUUCAGUUCUGAACAGUCACCAAUGAUGGCUGCUUCUUCUCUCUCACCAACUACUAUGAAAGAUUCACUGGGCACAUCUCACUCUUGCCCUUCUCUGAAGUCAUUGUCAUCCAAAGUAGGAGAGUUGUUUUGCCAUUGUGGUUCACAAAACAAAUACAAGAGGCUAGAUGCAAAGCUUGAAAAGAAGAUGAUUGAAGUAAAGAGAAGUUCAUCAGGGCAUGCAAAUUUUAAAUCUAUUAACAGUAUAAUCUUGAGGUUUCCUCGGUUCAAAGAGGGACUGAAAAACAUCAGAGGCGUAUUUGAACAAUAUGAUGAAGAUGCAAAUGGUGCUAUUGACCGUGAGGAACUCAAGAGAUGCUUACAGAAACUACAACUCAAUCUGAAAGAACAGGAGGUUGAGGAUUUGUUUCAUUCCUGUGAUAUUGAUGGGAGCCAGGGGAUACAAUUCAAUGAGUUCAUUGUUCUUCUGUGUCUCAUCUAUCUCCUAGUGGAACAUUCCUCCUCCCCUCAUAAUACAUCAAAGAUGGGUUCACCAGAGCUUGAGGCCACUUUUGAUACUUUGGUUGAAGCAUUCUUAUUUCUUGACAAGAAUGGUGAUGGAAAGUUAAACAAGAAAGAUGUGCUCAAAGCUUUGAAUGAGGAUUCCCCUUGGGAGAAAUCACCUGCGCACAUCACCAAGUCCCGAUUCAGGGAAAUGGAUUGGGACAGGAAUGGGAAGGUCAGCUUCAGAGAGUUCCUCUUUGCUUUAAUAAAUUGGGUUGGGAUUGAUGCUGAUGAGGAAAUUCCUGCAAUGGGAAGUUAAAACUAAGUGCAGGAAAUUCAAACAAAUGUGAUGGAUAAUAGUCCAACAUGAUGUCUGAUCAAAGAAUUUAUGUAAAUACCUGAAAAAUUCUAGUCUAAUAUUCAGAACUGUUGUUUGUUUGUCAUGUUCAUGUAUUUUAUAUCGUUUCCUUUCAAAAUAAAAGUUCUGAUCAAUAUGAAUCAAAUUUGAUAAGUAGUGACAUUAUCUCA